AUGAACAACUCUUCUUGCAUCAGCUUUGACUUUACAGGAAAAUUCCUGCCACCUGUCUACAUUUUAGUAUUUAUCACUGGCAUGCUGGCUAACGGACUGGGAUUGAAGUCAGUGCUGCAGAAAUGGGAGAAACUGGGGAAUGUCUUUGUCUUUGUUUUCAACCUUGGACUUGCAGACAUUUUGUAUUUGCUCACACUCCCUUUUCUGAUGGUGUACUACUUCAAGGAUGAUCAAUGGAUCUUUGGAGAAGCCUUUUGCAAGACAACAAGAUUCUGCUUCAACCUGAAUUUAUACGGCAGCAUUGGAUUCCUCACCUGUAUCAGUGUGUACAGGUACUUGGGUAUUGUCCAUCCAAUGAGGAUGAUGGGAAGAAUAACUGUGACUCAUUCUGUGGCUAUCUCAGUCAUGGUUUGGCUGUUGGUGAGUGUUCAAAGUCUCCCAGACAUGUUCUUCCCCAAAUCACCCACAAACAAUACUGAGAAAUGUUUUGAUACCACCUCUAAUGACUAUGUUAAGGAUUAUCUGAAAUACAGCUUGAGACGGACACUCACUGGUUUUUGCGUCCCCCUGUUCAUCACCCUCAGCUGCUAUGGACAUAUGAUUGCUGUCCUCUGCCGCAAUGAUAACAUUGAUGAAGUAGUGAAACAAAGAAGCUUAAAGUUGUUAUUCAUCUUGAUUCUUCUGUUCUCUGUUUGUUACAUCCCCUAUCAUAUAUUAAAAAAUCUCAACCUCUUGUCAAGACUAAGUGUAAUCAAGGGGACAUGUCAUAAAUGGUCUAAUGGAGUCUAUGUUGGUCAUCAAAUAAGCCGUGGCCUUGUGUGUCUGAACAGUGCGCUCAAUCCUCUAGUUUACCUGCAUGUAAGUGAAGAUAUUUGUUCUCAGCUCAGACAGCUACUCCAACAAGCUCACCAAGCUGUCACUAGUCUGUGCACCUCUAACCAAAAAUCAGUCACGGAUACUUGAAAUGUGCCGAUGAACAUGAGGAGUACGCAUGAUCUGAGACUCAUCUGAGACUUGUGUAAGAAACACAAAACAUGGUGCUUUUUAC